GAAGAUGGAGAAGAUGAAGAAGAAGAAGAAGAAGAAGAAGAAGAAGAAGAAGAAGACGAUGAAGAAAAUGGAGAAGAAGAAGAAGAAGAAGAAGAAGAAGAAGAAGAAGAGAAGAGAAGAAGAAGAAGAAGAGAAGAAGAAGAAGAAGAAGAAGAAGAAGAAGAAGAAGAAGAAGAAGAAGAAGAAGAAGAAGAAGAAGAAGAAGAAGAAGAAGAGAAGAAGAAGAAGAAGAAGAAGAAGAAGAAGAAGAAGGAAGAAGAAGAAGAAGAAGAAGAACAACAACAACAACAACAACAACACCAACAACAAAUAAGA